UCAUCAGCUUCUAGCAAGCUAGGCACAACGACGGAAGCGAUGGCGCCUUGCGAGGAAGUACCUCGUUCCGGCCCGGCACUCAUCGUGGGCGCCACCGGCUUCAUCGGUCGUUUCGUGGCGGAGGCCUGCCUCGACAGCGGGCGCAGGACCUUCAUCCUCGUCCGCCCCGGCAACGCCUGCCCCGCGCGCGCGGCCUCCGUCGACGCGCUCCUACGCAAAGGCGCCUUGGUCGUCGAGGGACGCGUCGAUGGGAAAGACGGCAGGAGGUCCGUGGAGCCGGCGCUCCGCGCGCACGGCAUCCAGGUGGUGAUCUCGGUGAUGGGUGGCGCCAACAUCCUCGACCAGCUCGGCCUCAUCAAAGCCAUCCAAGCCGCCGGCACCGUCAAGAGGUUUCUGCCGUCGGAGUUCGGGCACGACGUGGACAGGGCGCGCCCGGUGGGGGCCGGGGUGGGGUUCUACGAGGAGAAGCGGCGUGUCCGGCGGGCGGCGGAGGCGGCCGGCGUGCCCUACACCUACAUCUGCUGCAACUCCAUCGCCGGCUGGCCAUACUUCGACAACAUGCACCCGUCCGAGGUAUACCCACGCCUUGCCUUUCUCUUUGUUCCUUUACCGUGA